GGGGGCUGCGCUCCGGCCCCGGGAGGCUCCAUUUCUGCUGCAGGUGGAGGCGGGGCUGGAACGAGUUAAGGAGCGAAGCUCAGCAUCCUUUCGCAGAGGGCUGCGCCAGCUCACCGCAGUCUUGUCCUUCCUUCUCCCGCCCGCAGAAGCCGCCGGCGCCCAUGGCGGGCCUGGAGGUGCUGUUCGCGUCGGUGGCGCCGGCCAUCACCUGCGCGCAGGACGCGAUCAUCUGCUUCCUGCACUGGGAGGUGGUGACGCACGGCUACUACGGCCUGGGUGUCGGCGACCAGCCUCAUCCAAGUGAUAAGAAAUCAGAACUGCUGCCAGCCGGAUGGAACAACAAUAAGGAUCUGUAUGUCCUCCGGUAUGAGUCCAAGGAUGAGUCAAAAAGGCUUCUUGUGAAGGCUGUGACCGUGGAGAACAGCAUGAUCAUCAAUGUGCUGGAAUGUGGCUCACAACUAGUGACAGACUUGACCCUGAACUUGGAGGAUUAUAUCGAUGGAGAGCACCUAAAUGACUACCACAGGACCUACAAGAACAGUGAGGAGCUUCGGUCUCGCAUUGUGUCUGGAAUCAUCACACCUGUCCAUGAGCACUGGGACAAGGCCAGUGUGAGCAGUCCCCACCGGGAGUUCCCCCCUGCCACUGCCAGAGAGGUGGACCCACUCCGGAUUCCCCCACACCACCCACACACCAUCCUGCAGCCUCCUUGGCGUAAUCCCCUGGGCCCAUUUGCUGUCGGGGGAGAGGACCUGGACCCCUUUGGGUGUCGGAGCGGUGGCAUGAUCGUGGAUCCCCUGAGAUCCGGCUUCCCAAGAGCACCUAUUGACCCAUCCUCGGGCCUUCCGAACCGGCUUCCUCCAGGUGCUGUACCCCCAGGAGCACGCUUUGACCCCUUUGGACCCAUUGGAACCAGCCCGUCUGGACCUAACCCAGAUCAUCUCCCCCCACCGGGCUACGAUGACAUGUACCUGUGAAGCCCUCAAGAAUGUAACAUCCCAGCCUUCCUUCCACUCUCCUGGAGCUGCCACCACUGCCCCCAUCAGCAACAGUGUUUUUGCAGGCCGGGGGCAAAGAACCCUGCCCAUGUGUUUGCAGGCCAGCUGGGAUUGCCUCCCCACCCCCCACCAGAGCCAAGGCACCCGCUGCAGCGCUCCACCUGGCUGCAUCUAGGGCCCAAAGAGAAGCAGUGUGUAUCACCACCAGCUCCUCCACACUUCCCAGGGGAGAUUCCGGCAACAUAUAUCCUCGACCCGAUGCAGUCCCAGUUGCAGCGCUAUAAGAACAGAACGCAUUUUGGAUGUUAUUAUUAAGAACCAAAUGUCAAUACAAAAAUCAUGUUGCCGGUUUCCCAGUUUUCUUUUUUACUUUUAAUGCACAGCUCCUUCUACUUAUGGGACUUUAGAGUUUGAGUAUGUGGGGCUAACAGACUCUUGCUACUCAGGGCCAUUCUUGCUUCUCAAGUGCCUUCUUUUCAUAAAUUGCUCUUGUUCCCAGCAUCACCAACAUUGGUCCCAGUCUGGCUGUGUGGCUGCCUGGAAGCCCUGGAAGCCACAAAGAUGACACAGGUGGGCAAAGACAAUGCAUUUUGAUGAGGGCAAAGUCCUCUGCUUAUGUCCACUCUAGGUAAUAGCAGCCUGUGAAUAGAGGGGUAAACAGACUUGAAGCCUAAUCUCAUUUGGCCACCAACUUCCUGAGUGACCCUAAAGCAAUCCCCUCUCAGCACCUGUGUGCCCACCUAUAAAAUUUGAGGUGACUUUCCUCCUCUAAAACUUUGUCAUGUCUGCUUCUGUGUGUGGCAACCCAUUGGAAUCCAUAUGGCAAAAGGAAGAGAAUGAGAAUAUAAGGUUUUGUGGUGGCACUUACAUGGAGACUAAUUCUGUACCUCUCAUCCCCUUUGGGGCCCAGACAAGGGUGCAGGAGCAUGGGCUCCAUCUGAGAAUGGUGUUGCACUUGGGGAAGCCUGUGUCCUGGGCCCCAGCCUCCCUACCUUUGGUGUUCUCCAGAUCCUUUACAGCCUGAUGCCUAACAGACGUGGUCAGUGAUGAACCCAUGUGCUGGAGUGGAAAGAGCAGCAUAGAGCACCAGGCUAAGAGGCCAGAGAGCUUCUGCUCCCCAACAAGGAGUUUGGCCAUGGCUGGGUCUUUUCACUUCUUAGCACCCUGGGUUCCUUCCCCUCUUUUAGGAAAGUGGCUACCCUAGCUUUCCAGAGGUGUCUGCUUGUGUUUGAUAGCCCAGGAGAUUGCCUGUCUGCUCAGCCUACAAGUGAGUUAGGAGUAAACUAAGCUAACACAUAGGGCCAGAAACCACCCCAGUGGGAGGCUGGGCCUGUGGGGAGAGGCUGGCAUGAGCUGGGUAUUUCUGACAGACUCUAUCUCAAGCACUGAUUUAGUAAAAGACCCCAGAGACAGGGAGCUGACCAACCUGAAGCCUUGAAAAUGUAUCUGAUCUGGAGAAAGACCCAGAAGUCAGGCCAAGCUGCAAAUGCAUUCAUCAAUCUUAGUCUUCCUUGAGGGUUGACACAUGGGUGGAAUGUUGGGUUUUGUUUUGGAAUUGGACCAUCCUGCAACCCAAAGGACUUCAGGCAAUGUAUUUAAAAAAAACUCCUUUAUUAUAAAGGAGGCAUUUAAAAACAUCAGAUCAGAGACCCGGCUGACAGAAGGAGGGAAGAUAGAUAAUUUUCAGGACCCUGAUUUGAACAAAAGAGAAGACUUAAACAAUAAAUUUGACACUUCGGUUUUCUAGUAGCGAAAGGUGAAAGGAAAACCCUUUAGUAGUCAUAUUUAUAAUUCUGUUUUCUGAAAACAGAAAAUUCAGUGAUUCAUCUGCAGAAUCAGCCGUUUUCCUGGAACUAAAUCCAGGAAGCAUGGGUCUCUCCUUGCAUCAAGGAUACUGAGGAACACAGGCAAUGUCUUAGAUGCUUUAAGGGGAGAAAUGAAGGGGGCCUUUAGGAAUUUCCCACUCAAGCUGUUGGUGCUUGUUUUGGUCUGGGUCAUUCCCCACCUUCCAGCUGAGAUUGUGUGUAAAUGGGAAUGUUUCGUGUGUGUGUGUUGAGGAACCCAAAGGUUGGAGACUUAACAGUAAACAUCAGCAUUUAAUAACCUGUUCCUCUUUUUUUUCAAUAACAGCUUUAUUGAGAUACAAUUCACAUUCCAUAAAGUUCACCCAUUUAAAGUAUACAUUGCGGUUUUUAGUAUAGUCACAGUGUUGAGCAUCCAUCACCACAUCUAAUUCCUGAACAUUUUCAUCACCCCCAAAAGAAACCUCAUACCUGUUAGCAGCACUCCCAUUUCCCUUUUUCCAGUCCCUGGCAACAACUAAUCUCCUUUCUUAAUCUCUAAGGAUUUGCUUAUUCUGAGCAUUUUCUCAUAAAUGGAAUCAUGCAAUAUAUAGCCUUUUGUGUCUGGCAUCUGUCAUUAAGCAUGUUUUCAAGGUUCAUCCAUGUUGUGGCAUGUGUCAGUACCUCAUUCCUUUUUGUGGCUGAAUAAUACUCCAUGGUAUGGAUAAUACAUUUUGUGUAGCCACUCAUCUGCUAAUGGACAUCUGGGUUGUUUCUACUUGGGCUAGUUUGAAUAAUGUUGCUAUGAACAUUUGUGUACAAGUUUUUGUGUGAACAUGUUUUCAUUUCUCAUGGGUAUGUAGCUAGGAGUUGACCUGCUGGGUCAUAUGAUAACUCAAAGUUUAACUCUUUGAGAAAUUGCUAGAAUGUUUCCCAAAAGGGCAACACCAUUUUACAUUCCCAGAAGCAAUAUAUGAGUUCCAGUUUCUCUAUAUCCUCACCAA